AUGGCAUACCAAUAUCCAAAGGACGAUUGGCCUCUAGACGAAAAGGCUUUAGGAACAGAGUUUGUCACGGUUCAAGUUGGAAAACAAAAGGAAGAAGUGGCAUUUCAUAAGAAACUCCUCUCAAGUCGUUCCACAGCCUUCGAACAUCACAUGAAGGUACUCAAGGAGAAAGGAAAAUAUCAAUUUCACUGUGAGGCUCGAUUCGAAAACGCAUUUUCUAUUCUAGUCACAUACUUGUAUAAAGGAUAUGUUCCAUCUUGCCCCAUUGAAGAUGGUCCCGAGUCUAGUUCUUAUGGUCGACAAAUGCGAGAAUUAUAUUACUUGGCGGAACGAUUUGAAAUCAUUGAUUUAAUGGACAAAACUAUGGAUGCGAUUCAGUAUGAUGCUUUCACAUGUAUUGCUCUAUAUGCAUGUCAUGGAAAAGUUCCAACUGCACCAAAGGAUAUCGAUCCAGUGUACACCCGACGUUUAAGAUGGAUUUAUUAUGUGGCUGAGGAAUUUGCACUUCACGAUUUGAUGAAUAAGUUAAUUGAUGAACUUCGUGUGUAUGAAUUUAAACACAAACAGGAGAUUCAUUUCCACGCGGAAGAGAUAUAUCGAAAUACUUCAAAGGGAAGUUUAUUGAGAUGGUAUUCCGCGGCAUCAGCAGCCUGGUCUUGGGGUCGAGAAACUGGUCCUGCAACUGCAUCACAAAGGGAUAAUCGGAAGAAGUUUAUUUCUGCCGGUAGAGAAAAUCCAGAUGUAUUUGCCGAUUUUCAUCUGGUGGAUCUCUUCCAUAGAGAUCAUAUCCGAGGUUUUGAUACGGAUUGGCGAGAUUUUCAUGAUUCUGGAUCGCCAGUUUGUACUUUUCAUUGUCAUGCGCCGGGAGAAACUUGUCAUCGUACGGGAAUUACUGAACCGGCGGAAGUUCCAGAACAUAUCUCAAAGAGUUUUGAUGGGAUUGAGGAUGCUGUGUUAUUGGAACGAUCACAAGUUAUGGAUAUUUCUUCAGAUCAGGAUAUUCGUUCUAGUGCUCGACCGAGUACCCCGCCAGAAUCUUCAGAAGCAGAAGCAGAUGUUCGUCAAAUGGAAGAUCCUAAUAUGCGAUCCGAUGCCGGACAUGAUACUACCUUGUCGGUCGCUGAGCAUGAAACUAUUCUUCCAAGCGUGGGUGAACCAAAUGGAGUCAUGAAUGACGCUCAAGAGACAGGGAACCAUACCACAGCAACGGCAUCCAAAGUUAGAGAAGUAGAAGAAGGUACAAAGGCAUCUCCAACGGUUUCAUUGGCAUCUAUUAGAAAUCCACCCUCAACGAGAGUCGUUCCAUCAGAAAGCAAAAAGAACGAUCGUCAGCAUAAAGCUACUUCAACAAAUUUAGAAAAUGACGCUCCAGCUGAAGAUAAUUAUGGAACUUCUGACGUCGAUAUGGACCUUACCGGAAAUCAACCAUCCGUAGUCCAAGAUUCUGACACUGAGUCUUCAGAAGAAGAUAGUUCGGAGCUUAGUACCGAGCGGUAG